AUGUCUUCACUAUUAUCGAUUUCAACAUUAUCGAAUAAUACUCAUCAUCAUGGAAGUAAUAAAACUUAUUCUUCACUUAUUCAAACAUCACUUGAGAAUUUAGACAUUGGUUCAGAUUUACGUUCAAUUAAUUGUCUAAAUUUAUUAGGCUUCGCAUUUGAACGUGGUCUUCAUAAAGCGAAGAAACGAUUAAGUCAAGCUAUUCCAUUCAGUCCAUGA